AUGAAGAGAGAAAAUCACUCAAGAGUCUCUGAGUUCAUCCUCCUAGGCCUUUCAGACCAGCCAGAGGAAGACAGGCUUCUGUUCCUGAUAUUCCUGCUUAUGUACCUGAUCACAGGGCUGGGGAACCUACUUAUCAUUCUGGCCAUUAAGACCGACCCAGGCCUCCACACCCCUAUGUACUUCUUCCUUAGCAACUUGUCUCUGGUCGACAUCUGCUUCACCUCUACCACCAUCCCCAAGAUGCUGGUUAAUUAUAUAACUGGAAACAAAGAAAUUCUUUACAUUAGCUGCCUGGCACAAGUGUUCUUUUUCAGUUGGUUUGCAGGAUUAGAUAGCAUCCUCCUUGCCUCCAUGGCCUAUGACCGCUAUAUGGCAAUCUGUGCCCCACUACAUUAUAGCAUGAUCAUGACCCCCAGGGUCUGUGUCCUUCUGGUAGCAGCUUGCUGGCUUUGGGCUUGUGCUAAUGCCCUGACACAUACUGUCCUGCUAACUCAACUCUCAUUCUGUGGCCACACUGAAAUUCCCCAUUUCUUCUGUGACCUUGGUGUGGUGAUACGGCUAGCCUGCUCAGAUACCUUCAUCAAUGACUUGGUGAUCUAUACAAUGGGAGGAUUGACAGCCAUAAUCCCAUUUAUUGGCAUUCUGAUCUCCUACUUUCACAUUUUUGUAGCUGUCCUAAAGAUACCAUCAGCUUACGGGAAAUGGAAAGCCUUCUCCACCUGUGGCUCUCACCUCAAUGUGGUCUGUCUCUUCUAUGGGACAAUCAUUGGAGUGUACUUCAAUCCCACAUCCACCCACACAGCACAACAGGACAUAGCAUCAGCUGUGAUGUACACAGCAGUCACCCCCAUGCUGAACCCUUUCAUCUAUAGCCUGCGGAACCAUGAAAUGAAAAGAGCCCUGAGGAUGCUUCUCACCAAGAAACCAGGUUUCUCUUUUUGA